AUGUAUCGUCGGGUAACUGAGCCUCGUUGGGGAGUGAGCGGUGACGCCAUAUUGAGCUCGACAAUCAGGUUUGACCGAACAAUUUGCCCAUUUGAUCAAACGAUGAGGCCGUUGCAGCCAACCAAGUCCCUACGGUCUCGCGAUUUUUCAAUCGAGUUGGGUGUUGGCCGACCAUUUCAACAAUCAAAUCUACAGCCUAUGGACUUUUCAAAGGAAUUGUGGUUCGGUCGAGCGCCACAGAUUCCACAACCAACACAAGCUCAGCGACAGUUACGAGAAUGUCCACGACCGCCACCGAAGGUAGAAGAACACUUGAUGGCACCUAGACGGUCCUUGCACCUAUCGCAGCUCGCUUCGCGGCCAUUGGAGAUACAAACACGUCCAUCGCCGCGAGUCAUCAUACCGUCAUUGGAGGUUUUAGGUCAAACUUGUGGCAGAAACGCUACUGGUACUAGUCAGCCGCAGGUGAUACUACCAUCGGCUCGACACCGCGAGAUCAUGUCAGAUAUGAGUCAGUCCGUAGAAGAAGUUAUGAGUUCCAUGCUACCUGGUGGUUUAAACAACAUGCAGUGGAAGUUUAAGCUGCAGAAAAAGAAUAUUGCGUACUAUCGGGACGAGGCCAGCAUCAAGGCAGGGCAGACGAGAUUUUGCUGCGUUAGUCACACUCAUGCGACAGUCGACGAACUUGUGAGUCUAUUUUUUCCAACUGAUAAUAAUGCAGUGCUUCGGAAUAACAAGCUACUUCAUGACAAUGUUAUGGACGCCAAGGUAUUGUUAACUCUUCGCUGUCCGACCAAAGAGCGACCGAUGAACUCCAUGUACGUGCGAUACACGAGUUUUCGGACUUCGGGACCGCUGCCGAACCGAGAAAUGUAUGUAGUCGUGGCCACCGACAUGAUCCGUCAAUCAGAUGGAUCAACUGUUGGCUACUGUCUUUGGGAAUCCAUUGACGACCAUGAAAUCCUGAAUGCUGUUAAGACGACAGGGCAUGAAGUGUCCACUUCAUUUUGCUCCGGUUUCUUAUUUCACCAUCCAGGACGAACAAAAUCAGCGAGUGGAGACUCGAUGGAAGGCUACACUAAGAUCAUCUACAUGGUUGGAAUGGAAGGUGGGUAUCGACCAUCAAGUCUCACAUCUCGUUCGGUCAUGGAGAAGCACGGCUUAACCGUUGACCGUUUGUGCUCGCACUUUCGCCAAAAUCAUUUGGAUCCAUCAACAUUUGUCGUAAGGACGCAAUGGAAAACCCUGCGUGCUGCGAAAAGCUGUAACCAGUGCAAGAAACCCUUUCACAUGCUGUCAAAACGCGUCAAUUGUCACGCGUGUGGUCACGUUGUGUGCAAAUCAUGUAUUUCGAAGGAGACGGUAGCAUUACCUACGAUUGGUGUUGUAUCUACUCAUGUAUGCUUUGGAUGCCUUAAAAAAGCCGGACUUCCUACUCCUACAUUGUCGAUACAAAAGACACGAUCGAGUCUACGACAAAAGCGUCUACACUAUGAAACUGCAAGUACAUUUCGAGAUGUAAUUGCUGUUGUUUAUACUGACAUAAGUGAAGCUGAGGACGACACUGUUACUGAUACUGAUGAAUGGGCUAUUACAACAAUGGGUCUUCCCAUUCGACCGUCUCGAAUAGCGGCAUUUGUGAAAAGGCGCUGGACUGUCAUCAAAUACUUGUUUUUAACCCAAAGUAACGUUUUGUUUCCGUCAAAUUUAUCAUCAAUCCUGAUUGAUUCGUGGUAUCAAGGAAGCAGUCAUGAAAAUCAAGUACAAUAG